UCCGGCUCCUCCGAGUCCUCCGCGGGCGCCGAGCCCGCCGCGCGGAGCCCAUGGAGCCGGCGCCGGGCGCGCUCCGUGCGGGCGGCGGGGCCGAGGCGCUGCUGCGCGAGCUGGAGGUGCGGGUCCAGGACGUGGUGAGGGUGAGCUCGUGGUGGGAGCGCCACGGCGUGGACUGCGCCAUCCUCGCGCUCAGCCUCCUCGCCUUGCCACCCGGGUUCCUGUGCCUGCGCUCCGAGAAUCUCCUGGUCUUUGCCCUGGGCGUCACCGUCCUGGGUGUGUGCCACUACACGCUCACUGUCAAGGGCAGCCACCUUGCCACUCAUGGAGCCCUCACCGAGUCCAAACGCUGGAGCCAGAUCUGGGUGCUUUUCUUUGUGGAGGUAUGCACGUCCUUCACUGCGGAGCACGCCAAGUACGGACACGUGAAGAUGCACCACGCCUACACCAACGUGCUGGGCCUGGGGGACUCAAGCACGUGGAGGCUGCCUUGCCUCAACCGCUACGUCUACAUGUUCCUCGCGCCUCUCCUGAUCCCCAUCAUAACCCCGCUGGUGGCUGUCGAACGGCUGAGAGAGGUGGAGCUCAGGACAGCCCUGCGGACGCUUGGCCUGAUUUCCCUGGGCCUUUAUUCUCACUACUGGCUGCUCCUGAAUGUGUCUGGCUUCCAGAGCCCCAGCUCAGCCCUGGUCUGCAUGCUCAUCACCAGAUCCCUGCUGGCCCACCCUUACCUUCAUGUCAACAUCUUCCAGCACAUCGGGCUGCCCAUGUUCUCCCGGGACAAGAAGCCCCAACGGAUUCACAUGAUGAGCCUGGGGGUGCUUAACCUGCCCCGGCUGCCCGUGCUGGACUGGGCGUUCGGCCACUCCCUCAUCAGCUGCCACGUGGAGCACCACCUCUUCCCCAGGCUCUCCGACAACAUGUGCCUGAAGGUGAAGCCCGUGGUGUCCCAGUUCCUCCGUGAGAAGCAGCUGCCGUACAACGAGGACUCCUACCUGGCUCGCUUCCGGCUGUUUCUGCACCACUACCAGGAGCUCAUGGUGCAGACCCCUCCCAUCACAGAGCUGGUGGGGCUGCAGUGAGGGGCGGGCCGGCACAGUCAGCCCGCCCUCCCUCCGGGCCCACCCCCGGCUCUCCUGUUUCUGCUGGCCGUCCCUGGGGCUGGGAGGGCGCGGGCCCUUGCCCAGUGGGUGUGGCUCGGCUGCCUGGAGUGUGGAGGCGUGGGGUGGGCAGUGAGACGGGGAGCUCAUGCUGGGGGGCCUGGGGGUCACCUGCCCUGCUUGCUUUUCCGGGCUUUGAGGAAUAUCUGGAGGAAAGGAAUAAAGGUGGCCGGGCAUCCUGGUCAGUCUGGACCUCA